AUGCAGGAUGAAGAUGGAUACGUAAUGCUGAAUAUUAAAACUCGAGAACCAGCAGCCCUUACCUCAGUUGACCCUGCAUCUUCAUCUUUGUGGCGUGUGACAGCAUUAACUCUUCUGAUCUUGUGCAUGGGGAUGGUUGUUGGACUGGUGGCCCUUGGAAUUAUGUCUGUCACCCAGCAAAAUCUCCUACAAGCUGAGAAGGAAAAUCUCUCAGGAACUCUGCAAAAAUUAGCAAAGCACUUCUGCCAAGAUUUAAUAAAGCAAUCAGAAUCAAAAGGUAAUUUUUACCAUCAAUGCAGCCCCUGUGAGACAAACUGGAGAUACUAUGGGGAUGGUUGCUAUGGAUUCUUCAAGCGCAACUUGACAUGGGACGAGAGUAGGCAGUACUGCAUUAACAUGAAUGCUACUCUUUUGAAGACUGCCAGCCAGAACAUUCUGGAAUAUAUCAAAUCCAGGACUGCUUUAAUUCGUUGGGUUGGAUUGUCUCGCCAGAACUCUAAUGGAGUCUGGAUGUGGGAAGAUGGCUCAGUGUACUCCAAAAGUAUGUUUGAGCUUUCUGGAGAUGGAAAAGAAAAUAUGAAAUGUGCUUACUUUCAUAAUGGGAAAAUCCACCCUUCCCUCUGUGAGAACAAAUACUAUCUAAUGUGUGAGCGGAAAGCUGGGAUGGCAAAGGUGGACAAACUACUUUAA